AUGAUAUCCGCAAACACCACACUUGAAGAGCGCAUUUCCGUAUUGCUCUUGCCAGAGCGUGCGUGGCCGUAUCUACUUUCUGUCGUUGUGCUGUCGAUCCUGUCGAUACUGAUCGUAAACACCUUCGUUGAUGUGAACAACGAACAGGCCAUUCGCUACACAGUCAAAGUCCCCGCACAACUGCAGAAGGACUAUCAGUGGGAUUCCAGCGAUAGUGGUCAAACAUCCCACGCCGAGGACAUCAUUACUCGCGAUGGUCGUAUCCAACCGCGAUGCCCUGCCGAUGGCCGCACUCUAGGCCCGCCCAUUGAUCCUGCUGCCCCUUCAGACAUAGAUUCUGCGAUUUCCAGUGCCUCUCAAGCCCAGAAACAAUGGGCGCAGACAUCUUUCUCGGAGCGACGGAAAGUCCUCCGCACCCUCCACCGAUAUGUCCUCGAUCAUCAAGAAGAAAUCGUGACAGCUUGUUGUUUGGACAGUGGUAAGACCAAGAUUGAUGCUUGCUUCGGUGAAAUACUGGUCACUGCCGAGAAGCUCCAAUGGACCAUAAAGCAUGGCGAGAAAGCAUUGCGACCGUCGAAAAGACCGACAAAUCUGCUUUAUAGCUCCAAAGCAAACACUGUCGUUUACGAGCCUUUGGGCGUGGUGGCAGCCUGCGUGAGCUGGAAUUAUGCAUUCCACAAUUUCAUUUCCCCUGUCAUUUCCGCCCUUUUCGCAGGCAAUGCGAUCGUGGUCAAGCCCAGCGAACAGACUUGUUGGAGUACCUUCUACUUCACCGACCUCAUCCGAGGAGCAUUGCAUAGUUGUGGCCACGAUCCGCAGCUUGUUCAGAAUGUCAUUUGCCUUCCAGAGGUGGCAGAUUACUUCACAAGUCAUCCUGGCUUGAGCCACAUUACUUUCAUCGGCAGUAGAGAGGUUGCGCACAAGGUAUGCACAUCAGCUGCGAAAGCGCUCACUCCCGUGACUGUGGAGCUGGGGGGAAAAGACCCAGCCAUUGUGCUUGAUGAUCCCAAGACAGUCAGGGAUGUCGAGGGCGUGACACCCAUCCUCAUGCGCGGAGUAUUCCAGUCCGCCGGACAGAACUGCGUUGGCAUUGAGCGAAUCAUUGCUCUACCGGGUGUUCACAACCUCAUUCUGAACGGUGUUCGCGACAAAAUCCAGAACAUGCGUCUGGGCUCGGUGCUGCUUGAUAAGAAAACACCGGACAUGGGAUCGAUGAUCUCGUCUCGCAACUUUGACCUACUCGAAAGACUCAUUGCCGCUGCCGUUGCACAAGGCGCCAAUCUACACUGUGGUGGAAGACGGUACAACCACCCUAACCAUCCCCAUGGUCAUUAUUUCCAGCCGACCCUGCUCAGUGAUGUUACAGUCGACAUGGAGAUUGCGCAGACAGAACUGUUCGCACCAGUCUUUGUACUCAUGAGAGCUCAGAGUGUGGAUGAAGCCAUAGAGAUUGCGAAUUCGACCAAUUAUGCUCUGGGCGCCAGUGUCUUUGGGUAUGAUUGGUCUGCAGUGUCCAAAUGUGUUCGGGGAGUCAAGGCCGGUGGGGUUGCCGUCAACGACUUUGGCUCCUUCUAUGCAUGUUCCAUGCCUUUUGGCGGUGUCAAAGGGUCGGGAUAUGGCCGCUUCGGUGGCGAAGAGGGCUUGAGAGGUCUGUGCAACGUGAAAAGCAUUUCUGAAGAAGCUGGAUGGGCGAAAAUGCUGGGGAUUUCUCAGCAGAUCCCGCCAAAGUUGCAGUACCCUGUGAGUGAAAGUGGAUGGGAAAUUUGCAAAGGCGUUAUCGGUACGGGGUACUCAAUAGGGUGGAUGGAAUGGGUUUCAAGCCUCGUCGGACUUGUGUCCGUUUUGAUGAGGAGCGAGGAGACCAAGUCUGUCAGAAGCACAGGCACGCUAAGUGGUAAAGAAUCUCUGUUGACGAAAGACUGGUAA